UGUUGACUUUCUGAGUCUCUCCGAACGUCUUCCUUCUCUUCUUUCGAGUAUUCGGCCGAAGCUCAGCUUUAGCAUUCAAUGACGCGGUCUUCCGGGAACUGAAGCGCGGAUUAUACGCAUGGCGUGUGUUCCUCCCUCUUCCGGUCGCAUGGCUAUGCUACCUCCAAGCUGCCAACAAUCUUGUCUCGCAGGCUGGUGCCAUGGAACUUCACGGCUUGCCCAACGAUAUUCUCUAUAGCUUCCGACUUCUCAUCGAAAGCGGUAUCAUCCAUCUGUUGCGCACCGUUGUGUAUCCCUUCCUCGCAAAGCACAAGAUCAAUCAGGGACGGAUCGCCCGGCUUCUUUUGCGGCACAUUGGCCAUUGCAUGGGCUACCAUCGUUCAGCGCAUCAUCUACAAUGCUGGGCCUUCAUAUUUGCACCCCCCUUUUUUUUUGCGACUCUUCCCAAGACGGUACGAUCGCGUUAUGUUGCAAUUUCCGGCCUACUUUCUCUUUCCGUUAUCGGAAGCACUCGCUAUCGCCGCUGGUGAAUAUGCUUAUACCUAGGCGCCGAAGAGUAUGAAGUCUUUGGUCGCGGCACUAAAUCUAUUCACCGUAGCAGUUGCGUCUGCUCUAGGCAUUGCGGUUAGUCGGGCUGCGGUGAGCCCGCAUUUGACCGUAAGUACGU